AUGGGCGGUCUUGGCCGCCUGGGUUCUCCUCGUUUACUGAGCACAGAAACGCGUAGCGCUACAGGCUCCUAUUCCUCCAGCGCUUUGCUCACAGCAAUCUUUGCUACGGCGGCUGUCAGUGGUAUCGGCGGAUUUGUGUAUGCGACAGGCAACAUACCGAUCUUUGUAGGAGUCGGCGCAAGCAAUGCCAACAGGGCAACGUCGACAAUAUCUCAGUACGGGAGCUCAGAUGACUUCAAGAUUGGGGUAGAAGAACUGCGAGCGUCUUUCGCGGACGGCAUGGUAUCCACCAAUCCGGACGACCUUCUUUCGCAUGGGAUAUCGGCAAAUGUGUGGCACGCCGGACUUCCACAUACAGUUGUCGUAUACCCUGCCUGUACGGAAGAUGUCGUCAAGGUUGUCAAGAUUGCGAACAAGUAUCGUAUGCCAGUAAUACCUUACAGUGGCGCUACUAGCAUUGAAGGCCAGUUCUUGGGCAAUGAAUACGGUGGUAUCUGUGUCGAUGUUUCUGGUAUGGAUAAAAUCUUGGAGAUAAAUGAGGCCGAUUCGGAUGUCGUCUGUCAACCUGGUCUUGGCUGGAUGGACCUCAAUGAUAUUUUGAAGGAUAAGGGCAUCCCUUUGUUUUUCCCGCUCGACCCAGGACCUUCGGCCACACUGGGUGGUAUGCUCAGCACUGGUUGUUCCGGAACAAACGCCGUCAGGUAUGGCACAGCCAGGUCGGAAUGGUUCAUCAACGCGACGGUCGUUCUACCCUCUGGAGAAGUCAUCAAGACUCGUCGCAGAGCUCGAAAAUCGUCGGCUGGCUUCGACCUGACUAAGUUGUUCAUAGGCGCUGAAGGCACCCUAGGCAUAAUCACGGAAGUUACGGUGAGGCUCGCUCCCGUCUUGCCUUACAAGGUGGCCACCGUCCAGUUUCCGAAUGUACGCAGUGCAACGGAUGCCGUCGUUGAGGUGUUGAACAAGGGUGUCGGAAUUCAGUGCAUCGAGCUAGUAGACACGGAGUUCAUCAAAGCCACCAACCAACUCGGACCAAACGCCGCCACGCGUCAAUAUCCACCUACCGAGCACAUAUUCUUCAAACUUCAAGGACCUUCCGCAAGCUCUAUCGAAGAGACAGCGAGGAUAGUAAAACAGGUAGCGGAGAAGCACGGCGGGAAGAACUGGAAAUUGGCGAAGAACGACCUGGAAGGAGAGGACAUGUGGUUGGACAGGAGACAUGCAUACCCUACGGGGUUGGCGUAUGGUGGACCGGGGUCGAAGGGGUGGCCGACGGACGUAUGUGUGCCCAUAUCAAAGCUCCCACAGUUGAUCCAAGAAACACAGGACGACAUCAAAUGCAGUGGUCUCAAGAGCAUCAUAGUCGGUCAUGCAGGCGACGGAAAUUUCCACGCUCUGAUUGCCUUCAAAAACGACGAAGAACGCGAAGCAGUUCAAAAACUCGUGCAUAAUCUAGUACGCCGUGCGAUUGCAUUGGAUGGUACCUGUACUGGUGAACACGGCGUUGGGAUAAGCAAGAAGGAAUUCUUAUAUGAUGAACUUGGAGAGGGGACAGUCGAGCUCAUGAAGACGAUCAAGCGGGCGAUAGAUCCUUUGGGUCUAUUCAACCCUGGGAAGGUCCGUCUUCGUCUUACUUUUUACUCGAAAGUCCUCCUCGCUUGUACUUACAAACUGAGCAAAAAAUUUUGUUCCUCAACAGCUGUAUCCCGAUAA